AUGUUAUCAGUCUUGAAACAGUCUAUAUGUCUGAUCAUAGUGUCUCUGAUUCUAGUAUAUGCUACACCUCAACUCACCAUUGAAGAUGAUGACCGCACCAUAAUUGAAGUCGCAGAAUUUGGUUUCUUGAAAGGAGGUCAAUUGUCUUUGACAUUACAAGAGCUCAAAUGGAACAAACAGUCGGAUGGCAUAGCUGCCUUUUAUAUUCGAAAAGGCUGGAUACUGGAAGAUGAAUACGAUGUUGAUUACUCGCCCAUGGACACACCUAUUCAUUACGAUGAAUGCUUCUUGAACAGCAGUUUUAUCAGUGACGAAGUUAAAGAUGGAGCUAGUAUUGUAGAGAUAUUACCAGAUGAGUUGACAUCGACAAAAUGGACUAAAACAUUUGAUGUCGGUGAAGGGGAGGAAGGAUUGUGGCAAGUUUUAUACAUUAGUUGCAAAGACGCUGCUGUUUCGUUCAAGUUAUCAGUAAUCGAAGUGAAUCCCAAUGGAAACUAUCUAUCAGCUGGUGAUAUUCCAUUACCGUACGUUUAUGCAUUGGCCUCAUUUGCAUAUUUAUUGGCUGCUGCAUAUUGGUGCAGUCGAUUGAUAUUCAAACAGAACAAGAGAAUCUUCAGAGCACAUUGGCUCAUGCUUGUGCUAUUGUUCUUUAUUGUGAUCAACAAGGCAUUACAAUCCGUAAAAUUUCACUAUUUGCGCUUGGGAUUACUCUCGGAAGGAUGGAAGAUUGGAUACUAUGUAUUUGCUGGUAUAAAAGGAAUUUUAAGUCUGUUGAUUAUUGUUCUCUUGGCAUCAGGGUGGAUGUUCAUCAAACCGUUUUUGUCGUCCAGAGACAAGAAAAUCAUUUCGAUUAUUAUACCCUUACAAGUUUUAGCAAAUGUCGCAUCAGCCAUAGGCACAGAAGCAGCAAUUGGCUCGGCAGAUUGGUCUUUUUGGAACCUGAUGUUACCACUGAUUGAUAUGAUUAGCUGUGGCAUCAUCCUCUGGACUAUCCUACAAACUAGAAAACAUCUAGCCUCUGCAACUUCAGUGGAUGGCAAAGAACAAGACAUUUUGAGCAAGUACAAACUCUGGUCGUCGUUUUACGUCGUGACAUUAGUCUACAUCUAUAUUACACGAAUCGUCGUACAAUUGUUUCAGGUUUCGUUGCCUUUUCAAUAUGUCACUUGGGCUGGUGAGGCUGUCAAUGAGGUGGCUACAUUCCUCUUUUACAUCUUCAUCGGCUACAAAUUUAGACCAUAUCCAGAUAACCCUUAUAUUCAGGUGCCUGCAGACGAGGAGGGUGUAGAUGAAGAGCAGGAUGCAUUUGUUGGUAGUAAUAUAGCCAUGAAUCCUGUUAAUCGAAGAGAGAGAUCUUGA